AUGGCAGAUGGACCAAACAACGAAACUUUAUUUCCUCCAAAGAAACGCCUGAAAUCGGCAGUGUGGGAGCAUUUUGGCUACACGAAAAAUGACCAGGGCGCCAUUGAAGACGACGGAUCACCGAUUUGCAAAACAUGCCGCAAAAAAGUUUCUGCUAAAGGUGCAAAUACGUCAAAUCUAAUGCAGCACUUGCGGGAUCACCACCCAGCAUUGCAUGCUCAAGUAAAGAUUAAGACUGGCAGUGCUGCAGCAGCAGUUCAGCAACCAACUGUUGCAGAAUCCUUUGCAAAGUGUGUGACCUAUGCUCCCACUUCAAAACCAGCCCAGGAUUUGAAUAAAGCAGUGGCCUAUUUCAUCGCCAAGGAUAUGCUGCCAUUUCAGAUUGUGGAAAAACCUGGAUUUCUUCAACUGAUGAAAAAGGCAGUGCCACAAUACAAAGUUCCAACAAGAACCUACUUCGCCACAAACCAAAUCCCAGCCAUGUACAAGGAGGUAAGAGCAAGUGUGGAGGAACAGCUGGCAGAGGGUGUGUGGUUUGGUGCAACCACAGAUUUGUGGACCAGCACUGGUGGUGGAGGAGAACCCUUUAUGAGCUUUACAGUCCACUACAUUUCUGCUGAUUGGAAGCUUAAAUCUCACUGUCUAGAGACUCUUUAUUUUCCAGAAGACCACACGGGAGAGCAUAUCGCAGAAAUGAUGGAAAGCAUGCUCCUGGACUGGGAGAUAAAGAAAGAGAGUCUUUCUGGAAUUACAACAGACAGUGCCAGUAACAUGAGGAAAGCCUUUGAAUUAUUUUCCUGUGUUUGGUUUCCUUGUUUUGGUCAUAAUUUAAAUUUGGCCAUUUCCAAAGUCCUUAAGAUACCAAGGGUAGAAUCUGCUAUCAGAGCAUGCCGACAUUUGGUCCAAGGGUUUUCUCGAAGCUGGAAACGGAAACGUGAGUUUCAAAAAAAGCAGGCAGAACUGAACAUCCCUGAACAUUCACUGAUAAAUGAUGUGGCCACCAGAUGGGGCUCCACAUUUGAAAUGAUUUCCAGGUUCUUAGAACAGCAGCAAGCCAUCUGUGGGGUGCUAGCAGGAGAUAGAAACACCUGGCAUCUUAUGCCUAAAGACAAUGACAUCACUGUCCUGGAGAAAGUAAGCCAGCUCCUUUGUCCUCUCCAUGAUUUUACUGAUGUCCUGGCAUCAGAGAAACAAGUCACACUUUCCUCCCUGAUGCCAGUCUUGGAGCACAUUAACAGUGAGAUACUUCAAGAUCAAGAGGAAGACUGCAGUCUCACUAAACAAAUGAAACGUGUAAUAAGAGAAGACCUGUUAAUGCAGGCAAGAUAUACAGAGGAAAUGAAGAAUGUUAUGAACAUAUCCAGUUUUGUGGAUCCCAGGUUCAAGGGAAACUUUACUGAGAAUCUGGAUGACACAGUCAAGGCAUGCAGUGACGAAGCAAUGGCACUUGUUGCAUCACAUCCAGAGAUUCCAGACACAGAAAAUCCUACAGCAGCAACCACAUCAAGCACCUUCUCCACCACCACCAAAAGAAAAGAGAAGAGCCUGUCUGGGUUAUUACAGCAAAUAACCAGUGCAAAGAAGAAUAAGUCACUAGCUUCAGGACAUUCAAUGCCAGUCCAAGAAAAACUUGACUCAGAGGUGAAACUGUACUUGUCACUUCCUUCAAUUAGUGCUGAUGCAGAUCCAUUGGCUUGGUGGAAAGCACAUGUGGAACAAAUGCCGAUGCUUUCAAAAGUGGCCAGAAAAUAUCUCUGUAUCCCUGCUACAAGUGUGCCCUCCGAAAGGGUUCAGUGUAUGAACGUCAGACUACGACCCCUUAUGGAUGUCUCUGGACGUGCAAAACAGGGUCAGUAUCUGGACGUCACUCUUGCACCCCUCUUGGAUGUCUGUGAACGUGCCAAAAAGGGUCAGUAUCUGGACGUCACUCUUGCACCCCUCUUGGAUGUCUGUGGACGUGCAAAACAGGGUCAGUAUCUGGACGUCACUCUUGCACCCUUCUUGGAUGUCUGUGGACGUGCCAGAAAGGCUCUUCCGCCACCGUCUGCAGCUCUGUGUCCAUCAGUCGGCACCCUGGUCUCCUCCAUGAUGGCUCCUUCCACUCCUCCAUGGCUUCUCAUGCUCAUGUGUCGCCUUGCUCAAGGCCCCGUCCUGGACUGCAUCUGUCUUCCUCCUCCUUGCAAUGCAUCUGCCUCCAGAACCUCUUCCUACUCUUCAUUGCUCUCCAUGGCGCAAGUUUGCAGGGAUCGUCUGCCUUCACUCACUGGACUACAUUACCCAUAA